ACGACCAUCAUCACGGUAGCCCAUUUCUGAUUGUAUUAUUUUCAUAGAGGAUUUCAAUAAGAAUGAUCCCAUUAACUAGUCAAGAUCUACUCAGCAUCAGGUGGAGUGACCAUAUGACGUAUGGAAAGGGAAACUUAACUAAAAGGAAACUCCUCCAUUGUAACGAUGCUAUAAAUAGUCCUGUGACUAAAACUAUUCACUUAGAUAGACAUCAUAUCGUAGAAAGAUCACAUCAUGGGCGUCCGGGGUUUAACCAGCAUUGUAAAGGAUCAGGGAGCGAUUUUAACAGAUUAUCGCUUCAGAAACAGCAAGGUGGUCAUAGAUGGUUGUACUCUGUACCACUCUCUUUAUUUUAACCCACGUGUGGAUCAGCAUCAUGGAGGGGAUUAUGAUCAUUUUGAGGACCAGGUCUGCGAGUUCUUUAAGGCUCUGAGAGAUUGUAGCAUUGAACCUUAUGUGAUUAUAGACGGAGGCUCCGACCACACCGAUAAAAAGUUUGAAACUCUCCGAAAACGAGUUCAAUCAAGGAUCAAGCAAGCCAACCACUUGUCCAUGGGGCUUAAGGAGAGGGGUCUACUACCAAUCUUCGUCAAACAAGUCUUCAAACAGGUCCUCUCCAGCCUGAAGGUGCCGUUCGCACAGUGCAUCUUUGAAGCAGACCAAGAAAUAGCCUCCUUGGCUCAAAGGUGGAACUGUCCGGUCCUGUCCAAUGACAGUGACUUUUAUAUUUUUGACAUCCAGGCAGGAUAUCUGCACUUGCCCCAUUUUAAGUGGCAGAACGCGUCUGUGCAAGGCUGGAGUUCUCAGAAUUACAUCCCCUGCAAGAGAUACACCACAACAAGCUUCUGCAGACACUUCAACAUCAACAGACAGCUUCUCCCAGUCUUCGCUGCCAUCGCAGGAAACGACUACGUCAACUUGGAUAAGAUGGGCUUUUCCAUCAAGUUUGAAGGCUAUCCGCCGAUGGAACCCAAUUGGAAGCGCGGGGUUGUCUUCUUCAAAGAGCUGCUGAAAUGGCUGGCCAGUUUCCAGGAGCAGCAGGAGGCCUUGGACAAUGUGCCCAGACUCAUCGUUUCUGGGAACAACCAACACAACAUGGAUGCUGCCCUCCAGGCCCUCUCUCUGAGCAUAGAGACAUACCAGCUUCAACCCAGUUGCCUGGAGCGGUUCUUCAAUGAUGGCAAGGCGCCUGAUCCAUGCCUUCUCCCAGACCAUCUGAGUGUCCUUCCAGACUGGACCCUGCUGCCGUUGAUGAAGGGGACACUUCCCUCCUACAUGAUAUACAUUCUGCUGCUGAGGCCAGUGUUACAGGCUGUCCAAGUGGAAGACCACAGCUUACCCAGUGGGAACAUCACCUCUCGGCCCAUACGGCAGGUAUUCUACGGGCUGCUGCUGGGUGAGAGGGGGGAAGUGGAGGAGUAUGACAGGGAAGGCAUGAACCUGACCAGCAGCAUGGUUGAAGCCAUCCUGCCCAGUGCUGCACAACAGCUUCUGCUGGACACACUGGAUCAGGUGUGUAUACAUGUGAUAUAG